AUGGCUCCACAUAUGGAGAUGGACUCAAUUCAGGCAGCAAAUAAGGCCGCGGGAGAUGACAAAAAAGAUUCGGCUUCGGGUCAUUCGUCGCAAGAUCCAGAGAAGGCUAUUCAGGUGGGCAGUGGGCCGGAGUUGCAGAGGAAGCUAAAGAGUAGACAUUUGCAGAUGAUCGCUAUUGGUGGAACAAUCGGCACAGGUCUCUUCAUAGGAUCCGGAUCCGCCAUCGCUGAAUCCGGUCCAGCAGGUGCUCUCAUCGCAUAUGCAUUUGUCGGUACACUCAUAUACAGCGUCAUGAUGUCCUUGGGAGAAAUGGCAACCUUCAUUCCCAUUCCCGGAGCAUUCACUCUCUACGCAGCACGAUUCAUCGAUCCCUCGCUUGGAUUUGCCAUGGGAUGGAUUUAUUGGUUUUCCUGGGCAACCACUUACGCUCUUGAACUCACAGCCACAGGUCUCAUUAUCCAAUACUGGGCGCCCCAACUCAACGUCGGCAUCUUUAUCUCUGUCUUCUUCGUCGUCAUCUCUGGCGUCAAUUUCCUCCCUGUCAGCUUUUUCGGCGAAAUUGAAUUUUGGUUUUCUCUCAUCAAGGUCAUCACCGUGCUGGGAUUCCUCAUUUUCGGUAUCUGUAUCGAUGCCGGAGCAGGUCAACAAGGCUAUCUCGGAUUCCACAACUGGGGCAAUCCAGGUGCAUUUGCGCCCUACCUCAUCAAUCCCGAGAACCCCGUUUCCAAAUUCGUCGGAUUUUGGGCUGUACUUAUCCAAGCCGGAUUUUCUUACCAAGGAACUGAACUCGUCGGAAUCGCAGCUGGAGAAACCGAGAACCCCAGGAAGAACGUCCCGGCCGCUAUUCGCAAGACAUUUUUCCGAAUCCUCUUUUUCUUCGUCGGAACAAUUUUCUUUAUCGGUCUCUUGAUUCCAUACGACAACCCAGAUUUAUUAUCCGGGAGCUCAGAUGCAUCUGCUAGUCCUUUCGUCAUUGCCGCCAAACUAGCUGGUGUCAAGACACUUCCCGGGCUCAUCAAUGCCGUGCUCCUCUUCGUCGUUCUCAGCGCCGCGAAUUCCAACGUCUAUUCCGGUUCCCGUAUCUUGGUUGGUCUUGCGGAAGGCAAUUGCGCGCCUAAAUGUUUUUUGAAGACAACUAGAGGUGGAGUUCCCUAUUAUGCCGUCGCAUUUACCUCUAUUUUCGGUCUUUUGGCUUUCCUGAAUGAGAGUUCUGGAGGCAGUGAUGCAUUUGUUUGGAUCCAAAAUAUCUCUGCCGUCGCUGGAUUUAUUAGUUGGGCUUGCAUUUGCGGAUGUCAUAUUGCUUUUAUGAAGGCACUAGCAGCCCGGGGUAUCAGUCGUGAUCGUUUACCUUACAAGUCAAUGUGGCAACCUUGGUUUGCGUGGUAUGGUUUAGUGUUUACGGUGUUGAUUAUCCUCACCCAAGGAUUCACAGCUUUUAUUCCUGGAUUCCAGGUCAGAGAGUUCUUCGUGGCGUAUAUCAGUUUGAUAUUAUUCACGAUUGCUUAUUUUGGGCAUAAGAUUGUCUGUAAGACUAGAAUUGUGGGAAGUCUGGAGGCGGAUUUGGAUACCGGUUGUCUGGGAUUUGAGGAUGAGGGGGCCAUUGAUUGGGAGGCAGAGGAGCACAUGACUUUCAAGGAGAGGGUUGUUGAUUUCUUUUGUUAG